CUGGGAAGGAUCAAAUUCUCGGCACAGGUUUCAUGAAUGAAUGAUUGAAGCCGAGCGAGUUCGGCACAAGUUUCGAAGCCGUGAUGUGACGUCACAACAACACGCCACAGUAACCGUUAUUCCUUAUCAUCUCUGCUGCAGAAAUUGUUUUGGUUUCGCCCCUUAGUUAUUGGACUUCGUGUCUUCGACAUUUAGCAGUGUAAAGUCCACAUUUUUCCCUCUUCUAACCAGAUAAAAAUUACACUGAGGAUUUUUUUUCUGCACGACGCCUGCAAAGAUGAAGUCGGCCCGAGGUUGGAUGUGGUUUGUGCUGCUCCUGUUCACACUCUCGGUGGAGGCAGCGGCUCAGGGUGAGCACUCGGAGGCCGAUAUCUCAGAUUUCGAUGCAGAUAUGGACUUGGACGAAGAGGAAAUGAAUGUCGUGAUGGAAGACGAAGAAGAGGAGGCAGAAGUGAUGGAUGAAGAUCACAUCGAUGAGACAGGAAGCGAAGAUGGAGAGACCGGCGAAGGAGAGACCGGCGAGGAUGCAACGGAUGCCAAUGUCUCCUUCCAGGUCACAUACAAAACUCCCGUUCCCACUGGAGACGUCUAUUUCGCAGAGUCGUUUGAUGACGGAACCCUCAACAGAUGGCAGUUGUCAAAGACGGUGAAGGGGGAUGCAGAUGACGACAUCGCCAAAUACGAUGGGAAGUGGGCUGUGGAGCAGCUGAAGGAGAAUAAAGUUCCAGGAGACAAAGGUUUGGUGUUGAAGUCUCGUGCCAAACACCACGCCAUCGCUGCAUUGCUGGACAAGCCCUUCAUCUUUCAGGAUGAACCGUUGGUUGUACAGUAUGAGGUGAAUUUCCAGGAUGGGAUUGACUGUGGCGGCGCGUACAUCAAACUGCUUUCAGGCACUGAACGCCACAACCUGGAACAGUUCCAUGACCGCACACCGUACACCAUCAUGUUUGGGCCUGAUAAGUGCGGCGAAGACUACAAGCUGCACUUCAUCUUCCGCCACCAGAACCCUCUGAACAAAGAUGUGGAGGAGAAGCACGCAAAGCGGGCAGACGUGGACCUGAAGAAGUUCUACACUGACAAGAAGACACACCUCUACACUUUAGUCCUGAACCCUGACAACAGCUACGAGAUGUUUAUCGACCAGUCCAGUGUGAGUCGUGGCAACCUGCUGAAUGAUGUCGUGCCUCCCGUCAACCCACCCAGAGAGAUAGACGACCCAAAUGACUCUAAGCCACAAGAAUGGGACGAGAGGGCCAAGAUCCCCGACCCUGAGGCUGUAAAACCAGAGGACUGGGAUGAAGAUGCUCCUGCAAAGAUCGAGGACCCCGAUGCAGUGAAACCAGAAGGCUGGCUGGACGAUGAACCCGAGUUUGUCUCUGAUCAUAACGCUGAGAAACCUGAUGACUGGGACGUGGACAUGGAUGGAGAAUGGGAGGCUCCGCAGAUACCUAACCCGGCCUGUGAGACGGCCCCUGGCUGUGGAGAAUGGAAGCGUCCCAUGAUAAACAACCUUCAGUACAAGGGCAAGUGGAAAGCCCCUCUUGUGGACAACCCCAACUAUCAGGGAGCCUGGAAACCCAGGAAGAUUAUCAACCCGGACCACUUUCAGGACCUACACCCAUUCAGGAUGACACCUUUUAACGCUCUGGGUUUGGAACUGUGGUCCAUGUCCUCCGAUAUCUAUUUUGACAACUUCAUUAUCACGUCUCACAAGGAGGUGGCAGACCGCUGGGCCGCUGACAGCUGGGGGUUGAAGAAACUGGUAGCCAGCGCUAAUGAGCCCGGUGUUUUUGCUCAGCUGAUGAUGGCAGCAGAGGAGCGGCCGUGGCUCUGGGUCGUCUAUUUCCUGACAGUAGGCCUGCCCGUAGGUCUGAUUGUGCUCUUCUGCUGGCCAAAGUUCCAGAAAUCCAAUGAGGACUAUGUCUACAAGACGAUAGACCCUCACAGCGCUGACGCAGAAGAGGAGGAAGAAGAGGAGCCAGCGGCCGAGGAGGAAGAAAAUGCAGAGGACGAGUCUGCUACAGGAGGCGCCCAAACUGAAGGCGAUACAGAGCGAGCAGAGGAGGACGAGCACGCUGGUGUGGAGGCAGGAGACGAGCCUCUUCAGGGAAAUGAUGAUGACGAUGAUGGUGAUGGUGAUGAUGAUGAAGAGGAAGAGGAGGAGGACCAGGAAGGAGAAGAAACUAAAGUGCCUGAGAGAAGAUUAGACACAGAGUUAAAGGAAGACGACGCCGGUGAAGAGAGCCACAAGCAAGCUGUGAGAAAGAGGAGAGUACGGAAAGACUGACGCGGCGAACCGCGUGCCUACAGUCUGUAUCUUGUUGGGAAGGAGGUGAAAGGUUGUCUGCGCUGCAUCGUCCUCUUGAAGCAGAACAGCGCACAUUUCCUCCAGACACCCGGUAGCCUGCAGUCACAUCUCAAAUCCGUAGUGAAAAUCGGCACAGGCCCGCAUGCUUCUUUUCCUCCACAUGCUUCCUUUCCCCCACACUACCACCUGCUGGUGGUUUAAGCAGCCACACUCAGGUCCAUAAGUUUUGGGAUAUUGGCAAAGUUUUUGUUUUUGUGUCAACUCUUGGUUUUUGGGUGUUUUUGUUUUGGUCACACGCUGAUUUGGCAGAAGGUUUAUGGCAGAUGCUUUGUGAACCUAAACUGCAUAUUUAAUCAUUAAAGUGUUUAUAUGUACAUCAGGUCAAUGUUAUAGACAUCAAAGCUCUCAAAAACAUACAGAACGUACGUAUUUAUGUACAAGACCCUCAGAAAUAUACUUCAAAUUGUUCUAAGUGUGAAGAAUGCCCAUGCAGGAUGCUCAUAUGCAUCACGCGGGGCACGAUGUGGCCUUUAAACUCUGCAUUCAGAGUUUUGGUUCUACUUCUGCGUUCCGAACAAACGCUACACAUCUGCAAGAACACACACAUAAGCCAAAUCUGAGCAAACUGGAUUCUGGUUUCUUCUGAGUUUGGGGUACGAGCGCUGUCGUGUAAUCUUGAUUUUCACUGGUGUGUCAGAUUGCAGCAUAAUUUAAGAAUAAAAUGUCAGAGAAUGCUGGAUACUUCAAAUCACCAUUCAUCACAACCGUUAUGUCUGACCAGUUUUAAUUGUUUUCCCCUACAUAGGAUUUCUUUUUUUUUGCACGCUACAUCACUAACCAGUGUUUUUACGUUUCUCUGUAUUAUUCUACAAGCUAACAUGGUGACUGCAUAGGUACCAAGUCCUUGCGAUGGAAUGUAGACGUAGACACCAUUUUUGAGAAUAAAUUGUGAUCAAAUUCUUCAGUAACAACUUUUUAAAAUAAUUAUGACAUUCUUUUUUUUUUAUCAGUAAUUCAGAAUAUCAUUGUAGUAUCAAGAAAUAAAACUAGCUUAACAGUACAGAAAAAAAAACUUGAAAUAAUGAUGAUAAACAAUAACUGUUUGUUCUUUGUUAGAAAACCUGGACAAGCAACUGCACUAAAAAAAACAUCCAUAUAUAACAAUCACGUGGUUCCAACACAUUUUUCAUCCCAGUUAUGAUCAAAUUCACAAACGUAUUCAACAAAUGUCUCUGAAAACACUUUGAAAUGUUUAACUUUAAACCUCAAACACAUGAAAACGUAAAGAGAUUUAAAAAAAAAUACUUGUUUUGCACUACAUGGCCCCCUUUAAUAAUUAGCUUAAUAUUUAUUUUUCAUUUACAUUUCA